AUGCCCAGGCCUUCGGAAUGCUCUGCCAAUUGGGUCAACAGGCAAAUGAGCCAAUUCGACGACUGGUGGGACGACUUGAGAAUGGUGCAAGCCUCUUUGGGUAGGCUUGGGGAUGUGGAACGUGCCAUCGAAAUGGCCGCGCUUCUCAAGCCUUCGACAGGUCUCGCACUUAACCAGUUCAUGAAGCGAUUCGAGCAGUUGGAAAAAACGUCGAAGAAGAGAAUCGACUGGAAACACCUGGAAAACUGGAUCGCGAACGCACAAGACCACCUACGCAGAGAUUUCGAAGAGACAGCCCAGUGGUGCGAGCUGCUGCAGAUCGACGUAUCAGGCUUGGAGGUGGAGGAUGUCAUUACCAAACUCACAGAACACACGCUUCGGCGUUCGGUUGGCCGUCUCUUCGGGCCGAACUGGCAAAAGCGGCUGGUGGAAAUCAACCGCGCCAUGGGCAUCGACUUAACUUCAUCCGAUUCAAUUAAUAUGAAUAGGGAACAGUUCUGGCGGGCUGUUUCCCUACGCAAGACGCAGAUUCUGCAGCAAUUGGACAAGAUCAAAAAGAGACAAGGAUCACUCCCCACUUUUCGAAAGAUCUGGGCGAGGUUGGACAUCGCUGCCAGGAUGCAAAUUCUCCGGAAAUGUGACAUUCCUGAGGCCCCAGACACUCACAUCUAUUCUUACUUGGAAAGGGUUGAAGAGGGUCAUUCAACCGCUCUUCAUUUUUGUCCGGCACUCAACUACGUUGAUCUCUCGGAAAGUGACAACCUACCAUCGUUGCUAGAAACGCGGUGCAAGGUGCCGCCCCAUCGAUUCCGUCCCUCGGAUGGCCGUUAUUUACUUCUCAGCUUGUGGGCAGGGAGAAACCGUCCAAUCAUGGUAGAAGGAAUAUCUAGGUUAGACCCCGGCGACGGAUCCUCCGGUGCGGUCUCCGAGCUCACUGAGUACGAUGUGCCACCGCGUCUGCAUCCGAAGAUCGUUACUCCUAAUGUGCUUUUCUGGCAGCUCCAAGCGCAAACAGAGAUCUACCGGUGCCUAGGCAUCUUUGCGGACACGAUCAACGACCUGCCGAGGGCAGAAGUGGAACGUGAGCCACUCUUAGGGACCGAUAGCGAUAUUGAAGGAAACACCCUCGUCACUCGCUCCUCCCGGUCCAGAUACCUUUGCCAUACCAUGAGCGUCAAUCUACAGGAUGUACAGGACACUAUCAGAACGUCACUGGACGAAGCAAUGGACCAUCUGUGGCAGGUUCGGCAAGAUGCAGCCUACUGGUAUAGUUGUAUGACGGGCAUGGCCAAAGGCAGCGGCCCAAAAGAGCUGCUAGCCAUACUUUUUGGCCGCAUCGACACCCUGAGUACAUUGGAUCAACUCGUGGCAACUGCUGUUCAACAGGCUAAACAUCCGUUGUUGACUGACGCGGAAGACGAUGAUAUCAAGAUCGCAUCAACCCUCGACAGCGCUCUCCGUAGCGCGUUCGAAGAGAGAUUGCUCCAUUUCCGGUGGAUCAAGACACCGCCGCAGGGAUCCCUCACCAAGGCAGGUCAUCGGCUUCUGGACAUGGUCAGGGAAGACGAUCCGGUCCUUCGGUGCAUGGGGUUCCCGGAGGUGAUGAGAACGAUAAACCGAGAAACAGAUGGAGCCAGGUCCUUCCCUAUGAUGGUCUCACAAACCCUUAGCGACCUGCAUGUCUUGGCUGCCUGCUUGGAAGAGACGGGAAGCCAUUUUUUGUCGAUCUCUGACUGGAUGCAGCAUUCUAAGAUGGUCGACUGUAUCGACGCAGGACAGACCAGCAAGCCGCGACCUUGGCUGGAGAUCCUCGACAAGGCGGUCAGGGCCAUGACGGAAGCCAAGGAGUAUAACUUUGCGGGAGGACAUUGGAGUUUUUGGCGGAGGCUGGAUCAGCAAAUGAAAACUGUAUCGCAGAACGACAAAGCUCUCGAACACGUCUUCUCGCCCUUGACAGUAGCCACAGCGAGCCAACUCAAGCAAACGCGUCGGCGACGGGCACGACAGCAGAACAGCGAGCCCGACCGAUCGACUGUGCAGUCGACCAAACGGCCGCUAUGCACCUCAUCUUCGAGUCCUCAGUUGCAUGUCCGCCUGGAGGAACCGGGCUUUUGGUUUUCUUUGCAAAAUGGCACCCAGCAGACCUUCUCCUGGAACGAUUUUCGCGACGCCAUGUGCAGCAUCGGAUGCAGCAUGGAGCCAGCUGGAGGCUCAGCCUUUCGCUUCGCUUGCUGUGACUCCAAGGGCAAACGGAUCUUUUCCAUCGUAUACCACAAGCCCCAUAAUGAGUCGGGCGAGACGAGCUUGAGCCUGGGCCAAGCACGACGAUCUUGGCUGAAGAGGCUCGAGAGACGCGUCAUUUUCGACUAG